AAUCAGAAACUUCACCACCAUUCAAUUGCUCAAAUUUGCAUUUCGAUGCUUUCCAAAAAUUAAAACUAAAAAAAAUUAUCUUUAUACGGGGGGAAAGGAGCUAUUGCGGAAAUUCUAAACUUUAUUGAACAAUUAUUUGGAUAUUUACUCUGGCUUGCAAUUUCGUAACAGAAACGGAACAAUGAAUCUCGAUCCAACUAUAAAAAAAGUGGUGCAAGUGACUGAACAAGCACAACUGCCUAUACAUGUGCCCGUUGUCUUGGGCAAUGAAUGUUUUGUCAUAACACAACAGGACGUUCGUAGAAUUGAGGACUCGCGUUUAUUUUCGUAUAAUAAAUUGAGUUCAAGAGGUGAAUUUGUGACGAUGGAUAAUGUAGACUCAAACGUCGGCGUACGUGAUGCUCUUUUGGCUAAUACUCGCCAACAGACACAAUUCCAGCAAAAUACCGCCAUUAAUCAGCUAAAUAUGGGUAUUUUGCCAGAGCUCAUAGCGCGUGCGUGCAAUGUAGCAACAAUUCAGCCACAACAACAGCAACAAUUGUUGCAACAAGUCGCACAAAUGACAGUAGCUGACUUCCUAAAAUUUGUCCAGCCACAAUUAAUGCCAACAAUUUCUAUAACACCAGCACCAACAACAGAGAUUUCCCCAGCUACGGCGACAUUACAACAACAAUUGGAUUGGGCAAAGGCUUGUAACACCAUGCUUACCCCAGCAUCAAUGCACCCAUUGCAUCACACCUCAACCACAUCAACAACAGAAAUUGGAAGCUCGUAUUACCCGCCACAAUCCACCGCCACUAGACGUCAGUGUUGCACACGCGCAUGCAACACCAUGGAUAUUGAUGAGAACAUAUCACCAUUUUUUCACUCUCCACUCACAUCCACCUCACCCUCAUCGACUGGCCUGUGCGCUCGUCAACAAGCAAAACAACGUAAAAUGGCAAAAUUUGGCAACUAACUACUUGGAAAAUGAAACGUGAUUUUUUCGAAAUUUACUUUCUUUUUUAUUGUUGGGAUACUUUUUAACUUAUAAAUUAUAGUCUAAUGUUUAAUGGUUAUCGUAACACCUAAAAUCUA